AAAAAGGGGCCAAUAAUACUGUGACAGCGUGACUCAAUCACCAACAGUGCCUUAUUCUGGAGGACGAAACGAUGGCGAUGCAGAGAUUAUUCUCCAAGCUUCGUUCUGUCUCUGUGCGCUCAGCCCAAACUCUCCCAUCAUCACUCUCCUCUCCUGCAUUGCUUCGGUCUUGCCCUCCUCUGCUUCAUCACCCUCUCCCUUUCGCUUCAAUUCGUAACAAAUGGACCGUCAGGUCCCUUUUCAUUGCCCAUUCACCGACCCAAUCAUUGCCGCCGGCUCUCACGGCUCUUCGUUCCUCGGCAUUCCCUUUCCCAAUGGUUCAAGUGCGGCAUGUUUCGUCGAGGGAGCGAAAGAAGAGGAGAAAGCCGAUGACUCCAGUCACUUCGAAGUUAAAGAAAACUAAAAUGAAGUCUUACUCGUCUUACAAGUCCAGGUUUAGGACAAUGAAUGAUGGGACCAUUCGGCGGUGGAGGGCGGGCAAGCGGCACAAUGCCCAUUUGAAGUCGAAGAUAUCUAAGCGUAGACUCAGACUCCCUGCCCUUGUCCAUCCCGCUUACGCUACAGUGAUGAAGAAGCUCAAUUUUUGCGGUUAAAAGUUUUGAUCUGGUCGGUGCUGCUGGUAGUUUCCGUUUCUGAUUCCUUUGAACAAGCAGUGCUUCAGUAGCUAGAUUCUUUUAACUAUUGGCAAGUUCAGUUUGAGACUAUAGCUGAUUUGCUGAUGAGAACAACAUGCUAUAUUUGUCUUUUUAAACUUGUAUUCCGUGGCUUGCUGAGGAAUUUUUUAUGAGAGUUUUGCAGUACUGGGACGUAUCAGAAAGAAAUAACAACUUUGUCGACGUGACUCAAGCUUCAAACAUUGAUCGAUUAGCCGUUUUGGAGCAUUUGGAUAAUAAUUUUCCUUUCAUUUGUGAUUUCUUGCAACACUUGUACAAUAAAAUUGCAGCAUUUGUGUUCUGCAACCUUUUGCAGCA